CCAGAUCCGAAAACUGAUAUCCACACAGCUGCCCGGGGUACAUAGAGAGCGAGUCGGAGAAGUCUUGGGAGUGCAGAGAAACUUUGAAAGGAAUCCAAUAUCCCCCUAAAAAUAGCCUCCGAAUAGAAUCCGUGAACCCAUGCUCGGAGUCAGACCCCUCAACUGCAGUGAAUCAGCUGUCGGCCGUGCGCUAACUCGAGUCCCUCCAUUCUUCCAUAAUGUGAAGAACAAGCCAAGUUUCCCAUGCGAUGCUUUUUUUUUUUUUAAGCAAUAACCCGCGUUGCACCUGAAGACACGUCGAGUAGACGGGAGUUGUGAAGUGGUACAGUAUAGCGCAGCUCACUGGAGAGGAUUAAACACAUCUGCGGUAAAAACAAAAGAAGAAAAAGAAGGGGCGCACAUUUCGCGUUUGCUCUGGUUUUAUUUUCGUUUCUUUAUUAUUAUUUUUGAGUUCCUAUAAAUUACGAAAACUCUCAAUUAUCUUCAUUAAAAAGAGCGCUCGUCUUGAGAAUCCGUGGUGACCAGGGGGGGUUGUCAAGGAUUUCCGAGAAGAAUUCAGACGUUUCCAAGCCAAUCGAGGAUUUGCUUUUUUUGGUUUUAUUCUGGAAAUAUACAUCCAAACUGGGAUCUAUGAGCGGAAAAGUGACCAAGCCUAAAGAAGAAAAGGAUGCUCCCAAGGUUCAGGAUGACGCAGCCCAGGCAGGUACCCAGGAGUAUAUUAUGCUGCGGCAGGAUUCCAUCCAUUCAGCGGAUAUAAGGAAUAAAGAGUCCCCCUUUCGGGCUAAGUGUCACGAAAUCUUCUGCUGCCCCCUGAAGCAAGUGAACCUCAAAGAAAACACAGAGCCCGAAGAGCCCCAGCUGAAAGGCAUAGUGACAAAGCUGUUCAGCCGGCAAGGGUUCCAUUUGCAGUUACAAGCAGAUGGAACGAUCGACGGAACUAAAGAAGAGGACAAUGGAUACACCCUGUUUAACCUCAUCCCCGUGGGUCUACGAGUGGUGGCAAUCCAGGGCGUGCAGACAAAGCUCUACCUGGCCAUGAACAGUGAAGGCUACCUGUACACAUCGGAACACUUCACGCCGGAAUGCAAGUUUAAAGAGUCUGUGUUUGAGAACUACUACGUGACAUAUUCCUCGAUGAUAUACAGGCAGCAGCAGUCAGGCAGGGGCUGGUACCUGGGUCUUAACAAAGAGGGCGAGAUCAUGAAGGGGAAUCACGUGAAGAAAAACAAGCCAGCUGCCCACUUCCUUCCCAAACCCUUGAAAGUCGCCAUGUACAGAGAGCCUUCGCUCCACGAUCUCACGGAGUUCUCUCGCUCAGGCAGCGGCACUCCCACCAAGAGCAGAAGUGCGUCGGCAGUGUUGAACGGGGGCAAAGCGGUGAGCCAGAACGAGUCGACGUAGCCAGGACCCCCCCGUCUCCCCCCCUUGCCGGGGCAGAGCCUUGCGUGUCUGGUAAUCUUACCUCUGGAUGCUGUUGACUUCACGUAGACUUCUCUCUAUCUCUCUCUCCUUCUCUCUCUCUCUCUCCUAACCAUCUGCGGUUCAGGACAAAAUACUAAUCAAAAGAAAAUUAAACAAAACCAGAAACUGAACUUAAGAGCAUAAGUCAUAUUCUUGUUACCAACCAUUUAGCUGUUCUGGGGUUUCAUUUCCCUUGGACUAUUAGGUCCCGAUGUAUCUAGAAUAUACAUCUCUCUCAAGACAUCUAGGCAGCCAGAGAAAGCUUCUAUGCACCAUCCGGUUAUAGAGGAGAAGUGCCCGGCUAUAGUGUCUGUUGUCUGUGCUUUUUUUUUACGGGAGCCAAGCGAAACUAACCAGUGUUAAAGUCCAGGUCCUUCUGGCAAGAGUUACUGUCCAGCCAAAAAGGAAAACAAGGGAAUUGUCUCUAAAAAUUGGGGAAAAAAGGAAACAGUCAGCUGAUUUGAAAAGGGGGUCAAACACGUGGCUUGUUGAUUUGUAGCUCAGAGGUUUGUUUUCUGUUCAUCCCCGCUGUUCUACUAACAGGAUGGGUUUGUUCACGUCUGUGGGUUGUGCGAGCGGCGGGGCGCAGGUAUUGAAGGUCUCUUACAAUUCAAUUCACAUUCGGGCUGGGGGGGGGGGGUUGGGUUAAACAAGUGUUUGUGUGUGUGAUUUGAAGGAAAAUAAAGAAAAGAUCAAAACAAACCAGGUCUCAAUUCUAAUUAUUCUCAUCAUUUUGUUUUACUCUAGUGGGCCAGUCUCUAGUCUGUAAGCGAUCCAGUGGUCAUCAGCCCCAGUCUGUAGUGUUCUCAUUGGCUGAUCAUUGGUCACCGUUACUGUAUGUAUGAUGAGAUCCCCUGUCCAGGUCACUAUCUUUUUUUGUAUAGAAAUAAUUAAUCGUGGUGACUGAAUUUUCUAAUAAAACAAAAAAGGAACAUACCAUUUGUAACAGUGAACUCACAAUUCUUCUUCUGCAUACGUGCUACAGGGUGAUCUUGUUCCUGAUUUAGAAUUUUUUUUUAGGUGAACAUGUCUGUUGCAUGGGAGAAAGCUGGAGCUAAUGGAAUAGGGUUGCAUGACAUAAGGAUAUGUGUCUUAAAACCUUGUUGGAUCAUGUAUUCAAUCUGUCCAAGGAUAAAACACUAUGUACAGGCAGGCUUUCUGCAGGUACCAUCCAGUUGUUUAUUAUUUGUUGUAUACACACA